GGGUUCCACAUGCGGACACCGAACACCGCAUUCGACUCACACGAAGGCUGCGGCGGACAAUUGCAAUUCAUAGCGAAGAGGACGCUUGGUGAACUCGUAAUAAUUACAUAGGCAAAACAGGCUAGGACUGAGUUACCAAACAGCCGCAUGUUUAAAUAAUUUGUCUGUGUCGGUUUUUCUCGAGCUCCGUCGUGUAUACAGAAGAUCGGUGCGCACGUUUACGGCGUCGAUGAUAUGAGUUAUCCGUUGAAUAUUUCUCAGGAGAGCGAGCAAAGCGCGACCGGCGAAAUCAAGCCAGAGCCGAAAUUUUAGCUUAGCUUUAGCGGCUAACUAGUCGUUAGCAUCUUAGCCGCUAAUUCGGCCCCUUUAAACAGACACCUGCUCGCUGUUUUUGUUCUGUUUAAGUUGUUUAUACGCAACACCACAGUAAAAGGUAGUUUUAGUUUUUAAUUUUAAUUUAAAACCCAGUAGUGUAGAAGGAAGGAAGGACCGUGUCAGGUCGAGGUCGGGUUCAUUACAGGCAAACUGGUCUCGUCGAGUGGCCGUUCACAAUGGACAACGCGCACACUAAAACGGUUGAAGAAGUUUACAGCUUUUUUAACGUGAACGAGAGUACCGGCCUAAGCUCGGAGCAAAUCAAGAAACAACGGGAACGAUACGGACCCAACGAAUUGCCAGCUGAGGAGGGCAAGUCCCUUUGGGCACUUGUGGUUGAACAGUUUGAAGAUCUGCUCGUGCGAAUCCUUUUACUGGCAGCCUGCAUAUCCUUUGUGCUGGCCUGGUUUGAAGAAGGAGAAGAAACAGUUACAGCUUUCGUGGAGCCUUUUGUGAUUCUGCUUAUUCUUAUAGCCAACGCAGUCGUCGGAGUCUGGCAGGAGCGAAAUGCAGAAAAUGCAAUUGAAGCCUUGAAGGAAUAUGAACCAGAAAUGGGAAAGGUGUACCGCCAGGAUAGGAAGAUUGUCCAGAGGAUCAAGGCCAGGGACAUUGUACCCGGGGACAUUGUGGAGGUUGCAGUUGGCGACAAAGUACCUGCCGACAUCAGGCUGACCUCCAUCAAGUCAACUACGUUGAGAGUGGACCAGUCAAUUCUAACAGGAGAGUCCGUGUCUGUUAUUAAACACACCGACCCAGUGCCAGACCCCCGCGCAGUCAACCAGGACAAGAAGAACAUGCUCUUUUCUGGCACCAACAUUGCAGCCGGCAAGGCUGUCGGGGUGGUGGUGGCCACAGGUGGGAACACGGAGAUCGGUAAAAUUCGCGACGAGAUGGCUGCCACCGAGCAAGAGCGCACACCACUGCAGCAAAAGCUGGAUGAAUUUGGACAGCAGCUGUCAAAGGUCAUUACACUGAUCUGCAUCGCCGUGUGGAUCAUCAACAUUGGACAUUUCAACGAUCCCGUACACGGAGGCUCUUGGAUCCGCGGGGCUGUCUACUACUUCAAGAUUGCUGUGGCGCUGGCAGUGGCUGCAAUCCCCGAAGGGUUGCCUGCGGUCAUCACCACUUGCCUGGCUUUGGGGACACGACGCAUGGCCAAGAAAAACGCCAUUGUCCGCAGUUUGCCCUCCGUGGAGACCCUUGGCUGCACAUCGGUCAUCUGCUCGGACAAGACCGGCACACUGACGACCAAUCAGAUGUCUGUGUGCAGGAUGUUUAUCAUCGACCAGGCUGAGAGUAAUCAUUGUUCCUUAAAGGAAUUCACUGUUACCGGCUCCACAUAUGCUCCAGACGGACAAGUGUACCAGGAUGGCAAACAAGUCAAAUGUUCCAAAUAUGAUGCGCUGGUGGAGCUGGCCUCCAUCUGUGCUCUCUGUAACGAUUCCUCGUUGGACUAUAAUGAGACCAAAGGUGUGUAUGAGAAGGUGGGUGAGGCCACCGAGACGGCUCUCACAUGCCUGGUGGAGAAGAUGAACGUGUUCGACACAGAUUUGAAAGGCCUUUCCAAGAUCGAGAGAGCCAAUGCCUGCAACUCUGUAAUCAAGCAGCUGAUGAAGAAAGACUUCACCUUAGAGUUUUCCAGAGACAGAAAGUCCAUGUCUGUGUAUUGCACCGCCAACAAAGCCCGCUCAUCUGCAUGCAAGAUGUUUGUCAAGGGUGCCCCUGAAGGAGUGAUUGACAGGUGUACGCACGUCCGCGUAGGUGUCAACAAGGUGCCCAUGACACCCGGCAUCAAGGACAAACUGAUGUCUGUGAUCAGGGAAUACGGAACUGGCCGGGACACCUUGCGCUGUCUCGCUCUGGCCACCCGAGACAACCCCUUGAACAAGGAGGACCUGGUCUUGGAGGACUGCACUCGCUUUAUUGACUAUGAGACCGACCUGACCUUUGUGGGCUGUGUGGGCAUGCUGGAUCCGCCCCGGGCAGAGGUGGCGGCUUCCAUUCGACUCUGUCGUCUCGCUGGCAUCCGAGUAAUUAUGAUCACAGGAGACAAUAAGGGCACGGCAGUUGCAAUCUGCAGACGCAUAGGUAUUUUUGGAGAGGACGACGACGUCGCCAGCAUGGCUUUCACCGGCCGAGAGUUUGACGAUCUCAGCCCGUCUACACAACGCGAAGCGGUGGUCAAGGCUCGCUGCUUUGCCCGCGUGGAGCCGUCCCACAAGUCCAAGAUUGUCGAGUAUCUGCAGUCCUAUGAUGAGAUUACAGCUAUGACUGGUGACGGAGUGAACGAUGCCCCCGCCCUCAAAAAGGCCGAGAUUGGUAUUGCGAUGGGCUCUGGAACAGCAGUCGCGAAGACGGCGUCCGAGAUGGUGCUGGCCGAUGACAACUUUGCCACCAUUGUGGCCGCCGUCGAGGAAGGCCGGGCCAUUUACAACAACAUGAAGCAGUUCAUCAGAUAUCUCAUCUCCUCCAAUGUGGGCGAAGUUGUCUGCAUCUUUCUGACGGCAGCCCUCGGCUUCCCUGAAGCGCUCAUUCCAGUUCAGCUGCUUUGGGUCAAUCUGGUGACUGACGGACUGCCCGCCACCGCUUUGGGCUUCAACCCACCAGACUUGGACAUCAUGAACAAGCCCCCCCGCAACGCUCGCGAGCCCCUCAUCUCGGGGUGGCUCUUCUUCCGAUACCUUGCCAUUGGAUGCUAUGUCGGCGCUGCCACAGUGGGCGCCGCUGCCUGGUGGUUUGUCGCUGCCGAAGAUGGACCAAGGGUCACAUUUUACCAGCUGAGCCACUUCCUGCAGUGUGGACCAGAAAACGCAGAGUUCCAGAAUAUAGACUGUAAAAUAUUUGAGUCUCCUUAUCCGAUGACCAUGGCCUUGUCGGUGCUGGUCACCAUUGAGAUGUGCAACGCUCUCAAUAGUGUAUCUGAGAACCAGUCUCUGCUACGUAUGCCUCCCUGGGAGAACGUGUGGCUGCUGGGAGCAAUCUGCCUUUCGAUGUCCCUUCACUUCCUUAUCCUCUACGUGGAGCCUCUUCCGAUAAUCUUCCAGAUCACCCCCCUGAAUCUGACCCAGUGGCUGGUAGUGCUCAAGAUCUCACUGCCGGUCAUUUUACUGGACGAGGUUCUGAAAUUUGCGGCCAGGAACUACCUGGAGCCGGGUAAAGCGCUGGAAAAGGCCGCCAGCUCGGACGGCUGCUGCCUGGCUGCAUGCAUGGAGGGCAUCUCCUGGCCCUUCGUGGCCCUCUCCCUCCCCCUGGUCCUCUGGAUCUACAGCACCGACACUAACAUGGCCGACAUGUUGUGGUGCUGACUGACUUGAGCACAACCUCGACUCUUCCAUCACCCACCCGCCCCACGCCUCCCAUUCACUCCUCCACCCCCCGCCCCCAUCCCUCUCUGCCCACCUUCACGUGCGUAGCUUGUGUGUGUGUGUGUGUGAGUGUUAUUGUUUGUAGAAUUAGUGUGGGUGUGUCGAUGCUGAGGAGCAACUGUAACCCAUGAAGUGCAACAGUACUCUAAAUUCCCUUUGAGAAGUCACCCGAUUUGAGUUGGCCCAAGGCUUUAGCUGACCAUCACUCACAUACAAGUGGACGAUAUUGUUCAACAGUUGCCAUUUUUCACUUUUAUUUUUCAAAAUAAUUACCAUGCCUUUUUAAGCUUUAUCCUUUUUUUUUCCCCUUUGGCACAAAGGUAACUAUUAUUUAGCGCAACUUCCCUCCUUAUGAAAAAGUUUGGGGGACUCAAGAAAAUUGUGGAUCUGUACAGAUAUUGAACACUAUUUUAUGCUUUUUUUUGUUAGUUUUUUUAAAAAUGGCUUUGUAAAUUUGUUGGACCAGCGUGACUUAGACGUACUGCCUUGAUGUUUCUUUUCUAAUUAACCAUUGUGUCUUCAGUGUAAACGUUUUUCAGAGGACAAGCGAUGCGUGGCAGACAAGAACGGGGGAGGGGGGGUUGAGAGUGAAUGUGGGAAUGGUCCAAUUAGAUGAUGUGGAAGUGGGGUGGAGAAUAUUCUGAAGAAGAAAAAAAAACUAAAACUAAACUGCAUGUCCUGUGACCAAGCAUGAACUGUGUAUGGUUCCUCAAUUCUAAUUUAUGUGUCCCUUCUACUCCAAAAUGUAAGACUAGAAAUUAACAUCAUGGAUUUUGGUUUUUCUUUAGUGAUAUGAUUUGGAAGAAGUCAUUUUUUCUGCACUGGGAAGAUCACGGCUACCUCAAUGUGAUACAAACGGUUUUUUUCUUUGUUAAUUUCUGGAUGCUUCUCCAAGAGUCUUACUGUCUUGCUCAGCUGUACCAUCCUAGCCCCCCCACGGUUGCUUGUGUAGAAGAAGGAACAGUUCCGUCUAAUUUAGAAAAAAAAAAUAUUUUGCAUGUUUUUUUAUUUAACAUUCCCACUUUCGAGACCAAGUCGUUCAAGAUUGUGUUACAUAACCAUCUUGAUGUUGAUUCAAAGGACAAUAAUAUAAAGAACCGAUAAAUACGACCCAAAAAAAGACAUCACAUGAUUUACCCCAAAUCGUUUUUCCCCGUUUAACUUCAAAAAAAUAUAUAUACUUAUGAAUCCUUUGAAUUAAAGUCUUUGUCAUUAUUUGCUUGAAGGAACAUUACCCAUGUGCGUGUGUGUGUGUGAGCAACGCAUUUCACAUAGGAACGCUUGGCUUUUAGAUGAGUUUGGUCAUAAAUAUUGACCAUAUUUGGUGUGAACAUGUUUGUGUCCGUCCAGUUCAUGAAUUUAACACAAAGAUAUUGAAAGCAUGUUAGUGGUGAUAGAAGCCUGGAUGUGUUUGUGUACCACUUGACAACAUUGAUGUGCUUUUUCUUCCUUCAAUGCCCUCCACUGGCUCCCCUGUCACGAGAGUGAGUAUUUCUCGUUUCGUCCACCCCCCCCCCCCCCACUUGAUUUUACGAAAUGACUCGAUCAGUUUUCACUGCCCCGUUUUAUUACAUCGACUAAAGUCGGAGUUGCCAAGAUGUGACUUGUAAUACAUCCAUGCGGCCCACAUGCCCACAUUGUGAAUGUCACUUGUGUGCCACCCACCCCUCCCUCCUCCACCCUUGCUUGAAAUUAUCCACAUCAACACAAUCAUGCUCUUAAAUGGCAAUGAUCUGACACGGUUUUGUUUUUUCCUAGGUUGGCUGCCCUAAAAAUCUUGAAUACUUUAACGAGGACCAAGCCGUCGUCAUACAUUCCGCACUCCGUGACGAUGUAUGUACACUGAGAAGAAAAAAAAUUACUGAUACAAAAUUUGGUUUUAGAGAUCACGUAAUAAGUUGACCUUUUUCUAUGUACAUAAAAAGCCAAUUUCUUUCACUUUUUUUUCCAAAUCUGAAUCUUGUGUGCACUUGUCCGUUGCCAUGACGAUCCAUCCAUCAGUGUGGCUUAUCAAGAUGCCGAUUCGAUAGCAUGACGAUUGCCCAUGUGUGCUAAGGCGGCUCACAAAAAGGCUAAAUAUAUACAGUUCAAGACUUGCUGCAUUGCGGCAAUCAUUUAUUUUUAAUUCACAUCGUAUUUCUGACCAUGCCACCAGACCCGGCUGCAGUAGAAGUGCAGUUGAGAGUGGCCUUUCUCUGUGGGCAGCGUUUUGGUAUACCACACCUGUGGAUGAAUUGUUAUGGAGAGGGAGGCACUUCGGAGCAUAUUAGGGCUUUUGCGCAUGUAGUAAUGCUGUAUUCACAUCGUGAAAAAUGGGAGCAAAAAAAAAAACGGAUGCAAUUUAUAUUUUUGUUCAGCGUGCGUGCGUGUUUUUUUUUUUUUUUUUUUGGUGCAGAGGAACAGAUUUUCACAGGAAAUAGACCAAAUACAAGAUGCUUUUAAUAUGGUAUUGAUUUUACACUCACUUCCAUACAGCUUUCAUUUUAGUGUGCAGGGAAGUUCAACACCCCCAACAUGUCCCUCCAUUCGAGCCUGAAGUACCCCCCCCCCCACCCACCCCCCAUCUCCUCUUUCAUGGUAGUUUUGACUUGUAGGGACUUCUUAACAUUUGGGCGCCAUUGGUCUUAGCUUGCAUUUUGUGUACAAACAUCGUGCAUGCCUUGCAGCUGUAUGUAGGCUUUACAGUUUGUAAUUAUAGAUUGUAAUGUAGAAAUACUCUUACAUGAAGACUUAAGGUUUUAAGAUGGUUCGAUAGUAGACUUUUUGAAAUCACUGUUUUUAUUGUCAUGUUUGCAUCAUUAGAAACGACAUCAAAAUGAACUUGGCUGUGCACUACGAGGUCUUAGCCAAGUCGAUUUUCUGUCUAGUGGUUCAUUCGUAGAGGACAUCCCUGCAAUACAACAGUGUUCUCCUAUUUUUUUUUUAAUUGCCUCUACAGGUCCCCAUGAUCCUGUAUGUUUGGCAACUGCUGUAAAACUGUGAUCUAAUGAGAGGCGUACUGUGCGGUGCGUCCAAAGAAACCUGGGUUUAGAAAAUAUGUAUAUUAACCAUGUAAAAAAUACGACUAUCAUUAUUUAAUGCUGAUAAUGAUUGUAAAUGCAUUACAGAGGUUGUGUUUUCAGAUAAAUGCAUUACCGAGGUUGUGUUUUCAGGUAAAUAAAGAUCAUAUUUAAACUUUG